AUGGAAUCAAAGAUCAACAGAUAUUAAGAGGAGAGAAAACGUUCAAGAUCUAGAGAUUCUAUUUCGAGCAGCGCUAGUUCAAGAAUUGAAAAGGGUAUCAAGAUUCUUCACAACGAACCAUCCUCCGAAAUAAAAAUCAUUAUGCUUCAAAACAAAUAGGUAAAUCACAGAAAUGAUUCAUUUUCAAAACAGAGCUUUGAGUUUCAAGGAGCCUUACAAGUUCAAGUCCUUCAUGGAACUGUGAAAGUACUAGGAGCAACUUUGAAAAAGGAUGAAACUAUUUGGCAUCAAAUAAUAUCAGAUCCUAGAAAGAACAUGCUCAUUGGUCUAUCAAAUGAGAGCAAUACUGCAGCAGUGGAGGAACUUAAAUUAUAAGUUAAAGGAGUCAAUGAAGAUAUUUUGAUUGCAGAUUUACCAGAAAACACUGCUAUUAUAGCUAUAAAGUAAUAUAAAGAAUAUGAUGAGGAAGAGUUGAAGAGAACUAUUGAAUCUGAUGGGACUCUCAGCAUUUAAAAUAUGAAUAGAGAUAUUGGACCUAAAAAAUGUUUCUUCAGAGCAAACAAAUCAUGGACUAAUAACUUGGAAGAAAUAAUUUAGUCUCUUUAAAAUUCCUAAACAGAUGAGGUGCAAAAGAUUAUGAUUAAUGGAAUCGCGAAUGUUGGGAAGUCUACUUUUGCUACAUGCCUUAUAAAUAUGAUCUAAACUCUAUGUGAUCUGGAAGUGUACGUUAUGGAUUUGGAUCCAGGACAGCCAAAUUAUAAUCUAGCUGGGUAAAUAUCUUUGUCUACCAUAACCUAGCUCAUACUGACCAAUAAUGAUUUCUAGGAUAUAACCCCAGUAAAAUAAUACUAUCUGAACACUCCCUAGCCAAAUCUUAAUAGGAAUUAUUUCUUAGCUUGUGUUCAGCAAUUAAACCAAACUUUUUAAGAUUCAUAGUCAGUAAAAAAGAAAAUUUUGAUUGUAAACACAUUUGGAUGGGUUGAAGGAAUAGGAGCAGGAAUGCAAUUAGAUAUUGCGUACAUUAUAAAACCAACUCAUUUAGUUACAUUAAUGAAACCUAAUCAAUAUAAACCAGUUAAUGAAUUCAGAUAAUUUAUGCCUGACAGGUAUAAUUAACCAAAUUUGCAAUAUUUUGAUGUUAACAGUGAUGAUUAUGCAGGAGUAAUGAAUGUUAAGGGAGCUGUUCAAAGAAAUAAAAAGAUCAUUAAGGCGCUAACAUAAAAUAAAUAAGAUGCUUACUUGUUUAAAGAAAUAUAAGAUAAUGGGAGCUAACUACCCUUAACAUUCAACUCAAAGACUAUGAGACAUGAUGAUUUUUCACUUGGACAUUAGCAAUUCUAAAGGCUAUCAGAGCAGCCAUUCUAAAUUAUAGCAUUUAAUGAUAUAGCUCUAGGCUUCAUCCCAGAGUAACUUAGCUACAUCGAAAAUAAAGUUGAUGCCUUGAGAAUCUUCAACAACCAGCUUGUUGCAGGAAUCUCUAUAGAUAAUGCCUAAUUCAAGAGUCUGAGAAGUUAUGAUGAUGUUAGGGUAACUGAAAUUAAGUUUACUGAUCAUAGAUUACCCCCUAUUGAAAUAGCAUUCUUUGGACUCAUAAGAGAUAUCGACUAUGAAGGAGGAAUUAAACUUAUCCCACAGAAUUCUAUUGAUCUUUCAAAGGUUAAGUUUAAUGCAUUGUGUCUUUGUCAUGAUAGCAUCUUUAGAUUCCCUUCAACUUACUUGAUUCAAGAUUAAUCUGAUGAUAUUAGACUAAGAGUUGAGUAAGAUAAUGAAAAGAGAAGAGUAUUUAAGGGAAACAAUAACUAAUCCCAAGGAAAUCACUAAAACAAAUAUCAGAGAAGAUAUUGA